CGACUAUGAGCUCAGCAAAGCUAUGGCAUUCGGAGAUUUCAUUGAAUCAUCCCUGCUGACUUCGAUCGCCGUCUGGCUCAUCUUGAACAAGCGAAAAGGAGACCGUCUAGAAUGAGGGAUCGAGGUGAUCUUAUAUCGUUCGUCCUCGCUAUGGUGGCAUUCGUUGGUGUUCAUGGCGGAGAAUUCGACCCGAUUCCGCUGGAUUGUCGACACUUAUUGGAUGAGCUCGGCGAAGUCUUGAAGACCUUCGACCAAUGUGCGCUGGACAAUUCGAGACCCUUCGAAGUCUGUCGUCAAUGCGCCCCGUCUUAUGAAGCCGCGUACAAGAAAUUCUCCGACCUGAUAAAAUUGAAAACUCCGGAGAGCCAGAAAUGCCGCACCUUAGUGGAAGACGGUCGAGUGUCGCUGGUGAAAACAAGUUUCGCCCAUAUCGAGGAAAUAUGGAACACAGAGGGCGUGUGCGACGACUGUUUCGAGCCGCAAUCUUUCAACGUUUCGGCGAAAGUCAAGGUUUUUUUCGAGCUCCGAGAUGAACUCUCUAGCUGCAUUGACAGAACAUGGGAUUCCAACACCACCUGCACUAGCUGUGAAACGGAGUUCCGGAACCUAACGACCUAUUUCGGCGACGUGCUGCGCUCGGGAAACCGCAAGGGUCAUUGCUUAUGUCUGGAUAUCCUCGAUGCGAUGAAUCAGACACGAACCAGAUGGGGUGAUCGUUGUUUCCUUCCGAGAGACAAACUGGACUUCCCGGUCAUUCUCGCAAGUUCGCUGUCUUGCGUCCUCACUGCGGCCUUCUAUGUGAUAUUGAGAGUGGCUCAGCUACCGAAAGACACGGAACUCGCACGAGUCAAUACACUCCAGAGCGUCAUGUUCGAAGAUGAUUGUGAGUGUGCUGCGAGCGAGGACGAACCCUGCACCUGUACCGCAAAACAAUUUUCGACUAUAAAUGGGGGUCCCGUUUAUUGA